AUGCCGGGUGGGACGCCGAAUGCGUCGGUGUACGUCAAGAACCUGAACACGAAGGUGAAGAAGGAGGAAGAGCUCCGGCGCCAGCUGUAUGACCUGUUCGGCACGUACGGCAAAGUGCUCGACGUCGUCGCGACGCGCGCAGACGGCAUGCGUGGACAGGCGUUUGUCGUGUUCCGCGACCUGCAGAGCGCGACGUCGGCGAUGCGUGGGCUAGAGGGAUUCGAGUUCUACGACAAGCCACUAGCGAUCGAGUACGCCCGGAAAAAGUCGCAUGCUACGCUCGUGCACGAGCACGGCGAAGAGGCACUGCUGAAUCCCGGCCUGAUGGCGCGUAUCAACGAGGGAACGCUGGUGCCGACGAACAAGGUCACGUACUCGCACGCGCAGGCCGAGGCGCUGGGCCAGGACAAGAAGCGGACGCGCGACGAGGAGAACGCGACGACCAGCGCAGCCCCUGCGCCGCCGGCUGCCGAGGAGCGGCCGGCCAAGACGCAGCGUACGGAGGAGGCAGAAGAAGAAGAGGACGACGACGACGAUGCUAUGGAGAUGGGCGACUCGGACGAUGAGUAA